CUCAAAUGGGAGACACCUAGAAAAAAUAUUUAAAUUUUUUAGGUUUUUCUUCUGUUUUCCGUUGAUAGGUGAUGGAGAGUGUGUGCCCAGUGAGGAAGAGGUAAUAAUGUCUACAUUUUGCCAUCUUAGAAAUGAGAAUUCAGGACUCCCGCCACCACCAAAGGAGGAAGUAGACCCGUGAUGUAACGUGACCAGACUGAUGACCCUAGUAAAGAAGGUGCCAGCCAUGCCAUUUUGCAUUGUCUCUGGCUGCUCCAGCAAGUCCAAUAAAACCACGUCCUGCAGGGGGAUUAUUUUGCACGUCUUCCCCCGCAGCAUUGACAGGAUUAAAUGUUGGCUGCGCCAAACGGGACAGGACUUCGGAAACCUCAACAAAUUUGCGAAGAGAGUGCUGGACGGCAAGAAAACUGAUAUUUUCAGGUUAUGCUCUGAGCAUUUUACACCUGACUGUUACGUCACCAACAUUUCCAAAAAAAUCUUGAGAGACGAUGCUUUGCCCACCAUAUUUCCAAACAAAGGGGUCAUCUUAACGGCACGUUCCAAAAGAGCAAGGAUGGAAUUUGGAGUUAAUAAGACCAAUCAUCUGAACACAAUGUUGGGUAGCAAUCUUGUAGCUUCAACUUCCAUGGAGAACGUGAAAUUUGGCUCUCGAAAUUUGGCUCGGGGUCUUGGAUAUUUCGCCUCACAGCCAUCGAACCCGCAAGACGGCUUCAUUGACGUUAUGAGUACCUCCAACCUGAAUUCUCCUGACUCAGAAGAACCUAAUGAUAUCCCUGAAGGAGCCUCAAGUCUCGGUGACACGCUUACAGCAGAGGAAAACUCCUGGAGAUCCAAUGAACUGGUUCCAGAACGAAGAUUUAUUGUGUUUGAGUCUUGCCUGGAUAAAAUUCUCAAGCAAGUGUCCUGUUUUUGUGGAGAGAAGAUAUGCGCUCUUCACAAAGUAGUACAAGGGAUGUAUCUACGUGUCACUGGGAUGUGCCCAUGUGGCCAUAAAAGUCUUACGUGGGAGAACCAACCCAUGAGGGGUCGGAAAAACCAUGUUGGAAAUGUGCCAUUUCCAGAGGCCUCGCUGUGUAACACAGAUGGAUCCAAUAAGAAAAAUACACCAGAGAGGUAUCCCAGUCCACUUUCUUCCCGGGAUUCCACGCAGAAACAUCAAAACGCCACAGAGAAUUAUGAAAGCGAAGGCUUGAACGUUAUUAAAGUUGAAAAUGAGGAAGAGCUGAAUGAGAGCGGUGAUGAUCCAUGUAAGGAGGAGGAAAUCCCUCCAGACGUCAGCACAGAUCCCGGAGAUACUCAAAGAGAGGUCAGUGAUGAUGAGGAGGAGGAAGAAGGACAUGUGAGGAUCAAAGAGGAGGAAGUACCUCCAGAGAUCAGCACAGACCCUGGAAAUACCAGAGGGACUCAGACAGAGGUCAAAUCGGAGGAGGAGGAGGAGGAGGAGGAAGACGAAUGUGUGAGGAUUAAAGAGGAGGAAAUUCCUAUAGAAAUCAGCACAGGUGCACUGAGUAACAGAAAUACACCCGAGAGUCACAGUCCUCCGAAUUCUCCAAAUUCCACAGAGGAACAUCACAAGAUUCCACACCAUCAUCAGCAGGAUGAAAGUACUAUUAAAGUUGAAGUGAAGGAGGAAGAUCUGUAUCUGAGGGGCGAAGAGCCGCGUAAAAAGGAAAAAGUCCCUCCAGAGAUUGGCACAGAUGGAAAAUACAGAAGGUAUGACACUAUAAUAUCUCCCGAUUGUGAAACAGAUGAUGACAUCGCAUCCAAGUCUUCAGAGGAUGAUGACAUCACGUCUGAGUCUUCAGAAGAAGACUCCACCACUCAAAAUCUCAAUGCAGCCCUUCCUUGUACUAAUCUUUCCUCCGGUGGAGGGUGUUUACCCGAUCACACCCCUCCCGCCACCGAUCGCACGUGUGGGGUAGAUGACGAAACGGUCUCGUGUUCUAAGUGCGGCAAAUGUUUCACCCAUAGGGCAGAACUUAUUGAGCACCAGAGAAGUCAUGGGGUAGUGAAGUCAUUUUCAUGUCCCGAGUGUGGAAAAUGUUUUACGAAGAAGCGCUACUUAAUUGAACAUCAGAACAUUCACACGGGAGAAAAUCUUUUUUCGUGUUCAGAGUGCGGCAAAUGUUUUACCAGGAAAGGAAAGCUUAUCGUUCAUCAGAGAUCCCACACCGGGGAGAAACCGUUUUCAUGUUCAGAGUGCGGGAAGUGUUUUUCCCAGAAAGCAACUCUUAUCAAACACGAGAGAGUUCACACGGGAGAGAAGCCGUAUUCCUGUUCAGAGUGCGGAAAGUGUUUCACCGGGAAAGAUAUACUUAUCACACACCAAAGAAUUCACAGAGGAGAGAAGCCAUUCUCCUGUCCAGAAUGCGGCAAGGGCUUUCGGCAGAAGUCGGACCUCACCAGACAUUGUAGAAACCACACAGCCGAGAAACAAUACUCCUGUCCGACGUGCGAAAAAAGCUUUCCUGAAAAAUCACUUCUAGUUAUACAUGAACGGGUUCACACCGGGGAGAAGCCAUUCUCUUGUUCCGAGUGCGGGAAGUGCUUCUCCCAGAGAGGAAGCCUCAUUUCUCACGAGAGGAUUCACGCACCAGAAAAACCGUUCUCCUGCUCCGAGUGCGGGAAGAGCUUUACCCAGAAGCAAAACCUCAUCGCGCAUCAAAGAACACACACGGCUGAGAAGCCGUUUUCGUGCUCCGAAUGUGGAAAGUGUUUUACCCAAAGGGUAAACCUCGUCUCUCACCAAAGACUUCACACAGGAGAGAGGCCGUUCUCUUGUUCUGAAUGCGGAAAGAGCUAUACUAACAGAUCGCACCUGGCCACCCAUCAGAUUGUUCACAUGACUGAUAACCCGUAUUCCUGUCCUCAGUGUGGGAAAUGUUUCACCCGUAGGGGUAGUCUCAUCCAACACCAGAGAUCACACACUGGGGAGAAGCCAUUCUCCUGUCUGGAAUGUGGGAAAAUGUUUACAAGGAAAACUUCGCUUAUGUCCCAUCUUGGUUCCCACAGGAUACAAGAGGUUCCUAUGUGAGGCCCCGUACACACGACCGAGUUUCUCGGCAGAAUUCAGCCAGAAACUCGGUCGGAGCUGGAU